CGAGAUGAAUCACAGACUCAUUUUCAUCUUUUUGAAAUGUUAUGUGAUGAUAUUGAUAUAUUGUUGUGCAACGAUUCAUUAAUUAAUGAUAUAGUCGAUCUUGGAUCUUCCCAGUUCUCACUGAAUGAAGAAGAGCAGAAUGUUCUUAUGGGUGAAAGGAGUUCUAUAAAGGGGUUAAGCAAAGAUGCUUUGGUAAGACAAUUACCACUUGAAUAUGACGUUAAUGUAGUUAGAGGUGAAAAACAGAGCAUUGCUAGCAAGAAUCAGAAGGUGUUAGAGGAAA